GUUUAUGAAUUUUGUACAGAAAAAUUCAAUAUUGACUCAGUUUUAACUCAUGGUGAAAAAGAGUAUUAACGUUUUCAUUACAUUUCAAGAAAUUAUAAAUCAUGGAACAGACGGAGAAGGAUGAACCAAACUGGGAUGAAAAACAAGUAGAAAGUAUGUCGGAUAAUUUAGAUAUACAAAUGGAAGUAACGAACGAUAUCCUGCCCAUCGUUGAAAGUUCGAAUCAGGAGGAUGUGGUGGAACGACAAAAAGAAAUGGCCAUUGAGGAGACGCUGUUGAACGUUGCUGACAGUGGACCGAAUUCUCCCUUAGCCGAGGAUGAAGAAGUGUUGUUAGAAGAAAAUAAAGCGACCGUUGACGAAGGUACAGAACUCUUAGAACACAAGGAUAAUCUCACAAAUGGCACAAUCGAAGAUGCGAACCCUCCUCCUCCUGCGGAAAUUAUGGACUAUGAGAUCGACAUGGAAACAAAAUCGGCAACCUACGAGCAGGAUUUCUUUCAAGCGCUGACGGCAUGCGAGGUUGGGCGAUGUUCUUGGGACAGAGCGGAGAAACAAAACUACGUUCGCGGUUGUCUCUGGUCACCGGAUGGAACCUGUGUGCUGGCUGCCGUUAACGGCGAUGGAAUGCACGUACUCGAGCUUCCGGCUGACAUGUACGAGGCGCAACAGAUCUCUACGGAACGACCAGUACAGCUGCUAGAUUCGGCGGUGCACGUUCGUGAAACAACGCUGGUUUACGACUAUAAAUGGUAUCCCGGGAUGCAAAGUUCGAUGCCAGAAACCAGCGUUUGGAUUGCCUCCCGGCAGCAUGAACCGAUCCAAAUGUGGGACGCUUAUACCGGCAAGCUUCGGUGUUCGUACAAAGGCUACAAUGCGGUGGACGAGGUGGAAGCUGCUUUGAGUAUCACCUGGUCCUUGGAUGGAGGUUUCAUUUUCGGUGGCUACAAAAAAAGUAUCAAAAUGUUCGACGUCAAAACACCGGGACGGGAAAUUUCCUCGUUCCCUACCAAAGUGACUGCUUCCUGUAUGACAAUGUGUUCACCCCUUCCUAAUCUGCUGAUUUUUGGCUCCUGGAGUCGUUCGAUCACGGCGCUGGCAACGAAUAGCAAUCAGACGACCAUUCCGGUGGGUAACAACUCGCGCGAGUGCAGUCACAAUGCGGGUGUCACCUGGUUGCGGUUUAUUCCGCGAACGAAUCUGUUCGUUUCCGGCGGUCGAAAGGAUCCAAAACUGCUAGUGUGGGAUAUCCGAAGGUUGGAUAGGCCGUACCACGUGCUGCAGCGAACCUGCGACACCAAUCAGCGGGUGUACUUUGAUAGCUCGCCGUACGGCGAGUGGGUGGUUACCGGAAAUACCGACGGAGUUGUUCGCGCUUGGAACUUGAUGGAUGUUGAGACGGAGCGGAAAACCUACCGCCAAUAUAAUUUUCCCUUACAUCGAGAUUGCUGUAAUGGAGUGGCUUUCCAUCCGUUUAAGCCCAUUAUUGCGACCGCAAGCGGUCAGCAUCACUUUCCGCCGGCUGAGGAGUUUAGCGAAGAGCAAACGCUGCCGAGUGACGCGGGGCAAAGUAACAAAGUGGAAAACUCACUAACCAUGUGGUGGGUUGGUGCGGUGAAUGUUUCGGAACAGUAAAGUGUAGGUUUACUCUUUUAGUGUAAUACAUUUUUCUUUCCUUCUCUCCGACUUCGAAUUAGUUUAAAAUCUUCAUGAUUCAGUUAAUAAAGUAGAAGGAUUAAAUAUUGCGUAAUAUGUACAAAAUAACAAUAAAAUUAAUAAAGAAUAUUUCUU